AUGCGGCCUGACCCCGUCGAAAACGCCGCGCCAAACGCCGGCUGGAGCCGUGGCUGCUGGGGUGUGGGUGUGGGCGACGGAUGGCUGAGAGCAAAGCUGUCUCGCCGUCGCCUCCUCCUCAUCCAACAACUAGCAAAAUGGUGCCCCAAGGUCGAGAAGCAGGAGAAGAAGAAGACCCCCAAGGGCCGUGCCAAGAAGCGUGCUCAGUACACCCGCCGCUUCGUCAACGUCACCCUCACCCCCGGCGGCAAGCGUUCGAUGAACCAGCAGCCUGCCGGCAAGUCGGGAUAA